GUUUGCGCCCGGGGAGUUUGCGCCGGUUCGCGUCCCGGGCCUCGCUGCCGGGUGCUCUGAGCCGGGCGGCCGCAGGCCCCUUGGGUGCAGCCACCCACGGGCGCUCGGGGGCGAGGACGCCGAGCAGGGGAGCGCAGGCCGGGGCUGCGCCUCCUGAAGAUGCAGGAUGGCAGCAGAGCCGCCGUCCAGCCCCUCCUACCGAACCACCGGCUCCACCUGCCUGCACCCGCUCAGCGAGCUCCUGGGCAUCCCGCUGGAUCAGGUGAAUUUUGUGGCAUGCCAGCUGUUUGCUCUGUUUGCUGCGUUCUGGUUUCGCCUUUACUUAAACCCUGCUAAAACCAGUCCUGAUGUUCGCCAUGCUUUUGCUACCAUUUUUGGCAUCUACUUUGUCAUCUUUUGUUUUGGCUGGUACUCCAUACAUCUCUUUGUGCUGGUGUUGAUGUGCUACGGAGUCCUGGUCACCGCAAGUGUAUCCACUAUUCAUAGAUACUCCUUUUUUGUAGCAAUAGGAUACCUUACGAUGUGCCACAUCAGUCGGAUAUACAUCUUCCACUAUGGAAUUCUCACUACAGAUUUUUCUGGGCCUCUGAUGAUUGUCACUCAGAAGAUCACAACCUUGGCUUUCCAAGUUCACGACGGAUUAGGUCGAAGAGCAGAAGACCUCUCGGCUGAGCAACAUCGACUUGCUAUAAAAGUAAAACCUUCUUUUUUGGAAUACUUAAGCUACCUUCUCAACUUCAUGAGUGUCAUUGCUGGCCCUUGUAACAAUUUCAAGGACUAUGUUGCCUUCAUUGAGGGGAGACACACACACAUGAAAUUGCUGGAAGUGAAUUCGAAGCUAAAAGGUGUCCACAACCUGCCAGAGCCUUCUCCCACGGGAGCUGUGAUAUCCAAGCUGGGCAUGACCUUGGUGUCCCUCCUUCUAUUUUUGACACUCACGAAGGCCUUUCCUGUCACCUUCCUGGGGGAUGAUCGGUUUGUUCAUAAAGCAAACUUCCUGACUCGACUCUGCUACUUGUACAUGGUCAUGCAAGCCUCAAAGCCCAAGUAUUACUUUGCCUGGACAUUAGCUGAUGCAGUGAAUAAUGCAGCUGGCUUUGGGUUCAGCGGCGUGGAUAAGAAUGGAAAUUUCUGUUGGGAUCUGCUUUCUAACCUAAACAUCUGGAAAAUUGAGACUGCCACAAGUUUCAAAAUGUACUUAGAAAACUGGAAUAUUCAGACAGCUACUUGGCUAAAGCGAGUGUGCUACGAGCGGGUUCCCUGGUACCCCACGGUGCUGACCUUCAUCCUGUCUGCCUUGUGGCAUGGUGUCUACCCUGGAUACUACUUUACCUUCUUAACUGGAAUCCUCGUCACACUAGCAGCCAGGACGGUGAGGAACAACUACAGACACUACUUCCUGUCUUCCAAAGCCCUCAAGGUGGUUUAUGACGUGGCUACCUGGGCCGCCACGCAGCUGGCUGUCUCUUACACAGUCGCACCCUUUGUCAUGUUGGCUGUGGAACCAACCAUCAGUUUGUACAAGUCCAUGUACUUUUAUCUACACAUCCUAUGUCUCCUGAUAAUACUACUUCUGCCAAUCAAGCCACAAGCUCGAGCUGAAAUUCAGAGGCCUCUGAACUCUGUUAAGAAAAAAGCAGAUUGACUGGCACCUCCCGGCGAGGCUGAACGUGGACAAUUGCGAGACGUUGAAGACAUGAAAGGCUCGAGGGUCUCUCGUGAUGUCGAGCCAAUGUUUACAUGCAUCUUUUCUUCUUCUUUAAGUCAGGGAGUAUUUUUACAAAGCCUUUCUGCCCCUUCAUGGCCAUGUCCAGCUGCUUGAAUAUUUUCUAGGACAUCGCGUGGCACGGAGGCGUCUGAAGAAUGUGUGGGAGCAGCGGACAGUCCACGCCGGCUGCUUCUCUCGCCCCUUCACCCGGGGCUUCCAGCCACAGAGAUCCUGAUGCCGCCCCAGCAGCUAGAAAGCAAAGCUGACACAGCCUGUCUUCCAGAACAUUCCCUGAAAUGGCUGUCCCUCAGGCAGCCCCAGAUCCUGGACCUGUGAUACGAGUGUUUUCAACGCAGUAACUGCGCUCGGAAGAGUGGAGGCGAGGGAUCGCCCCGGAGGAUUGUUGGGGUGCGGAAAACCACAGCCAGCAGGAUCCGCCGUGCACACCUGGAUGGGCUGGAAGUCGGGCUUGCCCCCAACAGGGGUACAGCCGCCCCUUUCUGCCCGUUUGCCUUGUGAACUGAGCCAGACCAGAAGCCAGAGAGCCUCCUGCACACGAGGACCGGCGUCGGGGGGUGGGGUGGGGGGCAGAGGUUCAACCCUCCAGACCCCUGCCAUGUCACACGUGCCACCUGCUGCCCGGAUGCCCCAGCCUCCGGAGGUGACAGAAUGUCUCCAAGAAACACUCUUUUAGAAAAGGGAGAGCUGUCCUGAAGGUUGGUAAGUGGGCGCUCUCUUCCCCCCGAUUUCCUGAGGCUGAGGUCACGGCCAUGACGUGCGGGGCAGGUGCUCACAGCUGGGUCAAGCCGACUCCUGGUGACCUUCCUGGACGGGGCUCCCUGUGGGGCUUGCACCGGGUGGUCUGUGGGAGAAGGAACACGGGGUUCCUGUCCUGGAAAGCAGCCAUGACGACAAUAAAGUACCCGCCAUGGCGGCGAGCGCCCCAUCACCUGGCGGGGGAGAGUUUG